AAAAAAAAAAAAAAAAAAAACCAAAUGAGUAAGAAUCUCUCAAAGAACUCAAAUUCAGGCUGGUCUUAUUGUAUACGAAAUUUGAUCUUUCAGAAGAAACCUAGAGAGGCCAUUUUAACAUACAAGCAGAACCGUGGAAGUAGCAACGUUAUUAUAUUGGGCGUGAUCCCAUUAGUGCUCAAAGCUUGUGCUUCAAUUUCUAUGCUUAGCCUUGGCAGGGCAUUGCAUUGUGAAACCAUUAAGUUAGGAGUUACAUUUAAUGUAAUGGUGGGGACUUCUUUGGUUGAUAUGUAUGGGAAAUGUAGAGAUGUAGUGAGUGCGCGUAAAAUGUUUGAUUUUAUGCCUAAUGGAAAUGCUGUGACAUGGAAUGCGAUGAUCGGAGGGUAUAUAAAGAAUGGUGACACAAAGUCUGCGAAUAUUUUGUUUGAGAAAAUGGCAGGAAAAACGUCGGUUACCUGGAAUGAGAUGAUUGAUGGUUAUGCGAAAAGUGGUGAUAUGGUGAUGGCGAGGCAGGUUUUUAAUAACGUUCCGGAGGGUUUAAAGACUGUGGUGACGUGGACUGUGAUGGUUGAUGGGUAUGCUAGUCAUGGGGAUAUGGAAGCUGCGAAGGAGAUGUUCGAGAAAAUGACAAAAAGGAAUUUUUACAUUUGGUCAGUGAUGAUAUCUGGGUAUUUUAAGAAGGGUGAUGUUGACAAAGCAAGAGGGAUUUUUUAUAGGAUGAGUGAGAGGAAUUUGGUUGUUUGGAAUUCAUUGAUUUCUGGUUAUGUGCAAAAUGGGAUGUGUGAGGAAGCAAUGGAGGCUUUCAAGAGAAUGCAAGUUGACUGUUUUGAGCCAGAUGAAGUUACCAUAGCGAGUAUUUUAUCAGCUUGUGCUCAGUUGGGACAGUUGGAUGUGGGUAAGGAAAUUCAUGAAAUGAUUGUAUCGAAACGGAUUGCAUUAAAUGAAUUUGUCCUUAAUGGAUUAGCUGACAUGUAUGCCAAAUGUGGGGAUCUGAGCCAGGCAAGAUUGAUUUUUGAACAAAUGUCAUUCAAAAACUAUGCUGCUUGGAACGUUUUGAUAUCAGGAUUUGCCAUCAAUGGUCAUUGUAGGGAAGCUGUAGACUUCUUUAGCAGAAUGGAGAAAUCCAAAGUAAAGCCUGAUGAGGUAACUUUUCUGUCUGUUUUAUUUGCUUGUGCACAUGGGGGACUGGUGGAGGAAGGUUUAGACGCAUUCUAUAAGAUGGAAAAAUAUGGAUUAACAGCCAACAUCAAGCAUUUUGGGUGUCUAGUUGAUCUUUUGGCACGGGCAGGUAAGUUGCAAGAAGCGUUCGAUUUAGUGAAGGAAAUGCCGGUUGAACCAAAUGACACAAUUCUGGGGGCUCUACUUGGGGCAUGUCGUAUUCAUUCUAACACGGUUAUGGCAGAACGCGUGUUAGAAUUGGUUGGAAAACUAAAUUCUGGCUGUAUUUCGAAUGAUGAUGCACAUUAUGUACUACUCUCAAAUAUAUAUGCAGCUUCUGAAAGAUGGCAAAAGGCCGAAGGGAUUAGAGUAGUCUUUUCAAAUAAAGGGUUGGAAAAGGCACCUGGAUGCAGCACAGUUAUGGUCAUUUAGACUUGUUUUAUUCAUUCAUAGAAUGCUGAAAAGGAAAUUCCAAUAUGAAAAGGAUGAUUAUCAAAAGCUCAUCAGUAUUAGAAAUUUCUACUGAGUCAAAGUGCGCAAAAUUAGAGUUCCUCUUCUAUUGAAGAUUUGCAGUUGCAGUGAUUAGCGUGUGAGGUAGCUCUUAACUCGAACUGGUAAAAGAGUUUUGGAGAUUCUGGACAUCUGUAAAUCAUUAAAAAGGAGCAACACAUACAAGAAGGCGUCCCUUUAGGACUAGCAGAUUUCAAAUCCAUCUGUCUCCUUGCUUAGCAAUUGACAAAGGAACCUAUUGCCCAAAGGAACCCUAAGACAACAACUCUUUACUUUCCGCGGGGAACUUCUCUGGUAAAUCCUCAAAAUUGUUGGUCAAAACGAGCUGCUGUCAUGGAAUCAGCCGCUCUUACUUUCUUAAGCAGUAUGGAUUUUUGCUUCUUCCCAGUCUUGAAGCACAGAAAAAGAUUAUCUACAACCUAUGAGAUGAUAGGAUCUAUCCAUGGCCAUGGCUUCCUUGACCUUCUAUCAGGUUUUGAAGAUAUUAAAGGCCUGUUGUGCCCCUUUACGUACUGAUAUUCACAGCAGGGGGGCCUGUGUAUGAGGUUGAGACUGGGCGGAGAGAUGGUAGAAUUUCCAACAGUGCACUUGCAAAUGAUAUGCCAGAGGUGAAUGAUUCAAUUGACAUUCUCAGGUCAAAGUUCAGAAGCAAAGGAUUUUCAGAAAACGAACUUGUUCUAUUAACUGCUGGUGCACAUACCAUUGGAACCACUGCUUGUUUCUUCAUGCUUGAAAGAUUAUAAAAACUUUACAGGAAGGGAUGACAGUGAUCCUGAAAUAAACCAUGCUUUUCUACCAGUGCUAAAAAAUCAGUGCCCCGAAAAUGGAAAUGUUUCUGAUAGAAUAUGCUCGACCAAGUCAGCGAUGAUAAAUUUGACGAUCACGGUCUACACAAUAUCAAGAAUGGGACAGCCAUACUAGCGUCAGAUUCCCGACUUUAAGAUGAUAAUAUUACGAAGAAAAUUGUGGAUUCCUGUGCUGUUUCAACGGGACAUGAUUGUGCUGCUGUUUUGUCAUUUGUCAAAGAUU